AUGGGGGAAGCCUCAAUAGGUGCAAGUCGACCUGGCUCCAGCACUGUCAAGAACCGGGAUGUCGACAAGAAACGAGCAAAUCUUUGGAAAAAGCAAGCCAAGAGCUUCAAGCUCAAAGAUGUGGGCAAGAAGGUGGACGCCGUGCGAUUCUGUGCCCAAGACGAGCGAUUCUUUCGCGAACAGACGGAGGUGCUUCCACUACUCAUUGGAUUUCUGUCCAGAACGAAAACCCCGGAACUCGUCAUGGAAACGCUUACUGUGCUCUACACAUUGUUGUCGCCUCCAACGGCAACAGAGGCGGCCGAUGCCGACCCCGAGGUGAUCCACCCUGACGUCAACGCGAUAUUUAUACUGGAUCGUAGCCUGAGUACCGACUCGGCGUGGAAAGCGGGUGAGCCGUUCAUUAACCUCUUCGGUUUGAACGCACUGGCGUCAGAUAUUCGUAUCAAAGCAAUCCAAGUGUACGACCUUCUCUUACGAGCCAGCGUCGAGUUGUCUAUAUCGACAGGGGCAGCCACUCCGUUCCCAACUGUUGGGUCUCCUUGCUCGGCUUUACUCGGCUGCUUGGCGGUUGAUAACGGUGAUUUACAGUUUACGGCAUUGUCGUGUCUGCGCUCGUUGUUAAACAACCUAGACGAAGAAUUUCUAAGCAAAUUCGAGGCUGAGAAGGGAGUGUCACGAUGUUUGGAGUUUGUAUCGCACUCGGAGCGACGUUACCAUCGCCCUGCACUCGACAUCCUUGAAACCUUUUCCAAAAUUGACUGUGGAAGGGAGUUGUUGAAAAAAAAUAAUGUGGCUAGCAUUCUACGCAAUGCCAUCCAGGAAGUGCAAGAAAUGAUCCAGAAAACGUCAACUAUUGUGCCUCUUAGUGGCGUAGAUGCUAGUCCAUUAUCCUCGUCCGACGCCCCACUAUUGUGCGCCAACAUUGGCAUUAUCUGUCAAGUCUUCGUGCGCAUGACGCUCGCCAAAGAACAAGUGGAUACCAGCAAACCAGUGGAAGAUAAUGUUAAAUUAUUUACGGACGUAGUGGACGCAAUGAUCGGUAUCCUCCGAUACGACAUCGCGUCUGGUUUAACUGCUUCCGUUGUGCCUACUGAGACCCCGCGAGCGACGGGUGCUGCGGCAGCGGCGGCUAACGCUGCACUGGCUAAUGCUGCUGCAUUGGUAGCGCUACUUCCGUUUAGUAUUGAGCGUUGUAUCGCAGUGAUCUCCAGUCUCGGUCGCAUUAUCGAGAACAGUGAACAAUGCAAGGCGCAUGCAAAGUCACAGGGUCUUCUUCCGGUACUACUCGAUUGCUUUAAGGUUAAAGAGGCUCGUGAUCUUCACCAAGUGGCAGACAAAUUACUGCACUUGUACUAUGCAGACAAACCUCCUCUUGUGGCGGUAGAUACCGUGCUGUCUCUACUGGAAACUAGCUGUGAAGCAGCUAGCUCCGACUUAGUUUUCCGUCAUGUUCGAUGGCUCGCAGCGCUUAUGGAGUUGCCAGGAAAUGCUAACAUAUUGGGAGAACGAGCUGUGUCGCUCUUUCUUCAAAUUUUAGCAACGACGUCCUCCAAUGACAAGCUGUUCUUUGCGUUUCUAGCUAAAUGCAUUCAUGCAAUUGUACUCGAGAACUCGGCCGCCUUCGAGUUGGAAUGGAUCGACGAAUACAAAGAGGAGGGCGCUUUUGAGCCGAAGCCAUUAACGGAAACUCUGCAUGGUAUCGACGUGUAUCUCGCCGUUGCAGAGGCUCUUGCUGCACUGGCCAGUGCCUUUCUCAAAUGGAAUUCUAGUGGAUCGACGGCAACGGAUUUCAGUGAACUCAUGGCUACAGUUUCUCCUGGGAAACCGGAAAUCCCCACGUCCGGAGGGAGUAAGAAAAAACUACCAGCAGAUCAAACCAAACCGUCAGCGAUGGGUGAAGCUGUUAUGCUCGCUCUAUUAGAAAAAGGUUUGCAAGUACCGAAGCUCAUAUCACAGUAUACUGCUGUGAAUCCAGCCGUGUGUGUAUCGCUGUUGGGGCUACUGGAUAAUUUAAUGAAAGUUACCAGUGGAAUGAAAGUGUUGCUACAUCUGGCAAAGAAUGAACUGCAGUCAUCUACGGGAGAAGAAGUGGAGACUUCUACAAAGGACGAGUGGCCUUUAUCAGUGGAAUGUUCUUCUCGAAUGGAGCAUACGCUACUGCUUCUCCCUGUUUUGAGUGUUCUCCAGUCACCGGACACCUCGUUCAUUGAGAUAGAAGCUGCGGUACGUUCGAUUUCUGUGAUGACGAGUGACUUGGAGCCUGUAGACAAAGAAGCCACAACGCCAGUGUCUGAAUCCGUGGAAGCUAUAAAGAAUCCAGUCAAAGGCGGAGUUGCUGCUACUCCCACGCCACCUGUACCGUCAAUUCCUGAGCUGGUAAUUACAGAAAGAGACCGCUUCAUCAACGCUGCGAUAAGCAGUGGCGCACUCGUAGUACUACUGGCUUUUACGGACCUCGCUCGAGUCCCACGAGAAGCAGAAGAUUUUGCUAAUCGUGCGAGUAUUGUGAAGACACAGAUUGAUGAAUUGGUGCAAACUUUCAUCACAUUAGCUCAAGUGAAGCAGGAAAACAUCGUUUCUAAAUACCAAGAGAAAUUGGAACUGGAACAGAAAGUAGUUGACGAUGAGAGGGAUGUUACCUUGAAUUUACCAUACAAGGACCGAUGGGCUGAAUUACUCGACCACAAGUUCAGUGUCUUUCGGUUUGGGUAUAUCAACUACUCUGCUUUACUACUGGCAUCCGAACUUGCAUUAUCGAAUAUAGCUUCGACUCUAUUAAAUGCUGGAGUCUCACCGGAGACUGCGUCACCCGAGGGAUUGACACCUUUGAUGAUCGCGUUCUUGGUUGGAAACGAAGAAAUGAUUAUCGACCUACUUGAUGCUCGAGCCAAUGUUGACGCUAUUACUACAGACGGACAAGACCUCACCGUCUGGAAUUGUGCUCUGGUGUCUCCAGUAAAGGCUCGAGUGAGUGACUUGAUCACCAAAGUAUACACCGACUCGACGUCUAUGGACGCACGUAUAAAACUGGAUUCGAUUGCAGGAUCUCUCAGAUUCCUGGACAUGUGUCUGGAUGCUGGGGUGGAUACGAACGUAUCAAACGCUCAAGGAGAUUUCUUGCUGCAUGCUAUACUGUCGAAAUGUAUUGUUCGCCGUAAAUUACGGGGACUAGAUUUGUGCUAUCGAUACAAUUCCUUGCACGAAGACCAGAGACGUCUACAGAGAGCGGUGCUGGAUUUGAUUCAAGCGCAUGGAGCUAAUGUGAAUAGCUGUAAUCGCAUGGGCCAGACUCCACUUCAUUUGACAUUGUUAAAUGGGUACACUGAUAUUGCGAAGAUAUUACUAAGUCAUGGAGCAAAUCCGAAUGUACAGGGUAUUUACGGACACUUCCCAUUGCACUAUGCAUGUCUAGGCUUCUGUGGGGGUCUAGAUGGCAGUGACGGCGAAGCUAUCGAAAUUAUUCGCCUGUUACUUGAACAAGCAGAAAAAUACACGUGUGUUCGAGGGUCCCACAUAGAUCGCAGGAAACACAAAAGUGCAGCUGAGAAACAAGCUCUAGCGAUCGAAAAAAUCCUGGAAAAUGGUCUCCAAAGUGUCAUCGAACCUCAGUCGAUCGUACUCAAGCUGGCCAACCCGCAAGAUAUUCUAUCGACAACGUCGUUCUGCGGUAAUUUCCUGGCGUGGCACUUUGCCUGUGGCGCAUACAUCCAGCUCUCUUCUGCUCUAUGUCUUGAUGACGAUAUGCAAAAGUGGUUUGAAGCCAAUGGACAAGCGAGGGCAGAUAUCCUUCGAUACUUGAUUCGAGAGUGGAAGGUUGAUAUUUCUACAACUGCAAGUGAUGGCUUAACAGCUCUACAUUUGGCUGUAAAAAGCGACCUAAACGGCAACAAUCUUCCAGUGAUCGACGUGUUAUUGGAGAACUGCAUUGUUUACGUGAACGCCGUUCACGAUCAUAUCCUCAUUGACAGCUUACCUGUCAUUCCUAGUGGAGCGCAGGCUGUUUAUCUCGUUGGAGAUGACCGAAAGCAAGCAUUCGUGUCGUCUCGAUCACUCGAUGGGAAGUACCACAUCAUCUUGGAGGGAGGCCACCACGUUGAUCACGUUGCACGUGAACAACUGCAAGUUAUCCGUGAUCCCGGUACAAAACGGUCUCAUCAUUCACACCACUACAAGUACUUGUUGCCUAUGGAGAGCAGGUUUGCCGCUUUGCAUUACGCACUGCAGUCAAGCCACGACACACUCGCUUUGCGAUUAUUAGAUGUACCAGGUAUCUCACUUGACCCUGAAGGCAGUGACCUCCCUUUACUCGCAUUGGCGUGUGCUGCAUGUCAAUCUCCUCAAGUUGUGAAGCGAUUGAUUACGCAACAGGCAAAUAUGCGCGUGCAUUUGCCACUACGAACAUCCAAGUGUGACUUGACAGCGGUCGACGCUGAUACUUGUACUAGUAUUGCAAGCCGAAAACAUGCGGCCGCGCUUCACUAUGCGGUUAUGUAUGAUGACUAUGCAAUGGUUGAAGUGCUGGUAACCAGUCCUGAAGGUCAUGUGCUUCCGAAUGUGAAGAGAUCUGGAGAUGGCUUCACGCCGUUGCAUCUGGCCGAGUUUGACGCAGCUUUCGAGUAUGUCUGCACAUGGCGUGUCACCUUUGGAGUUGUUGAUGAAGUUUGA